AUGAGGGCACCACUGCAGACCAUGAUGUGCCUGGGGUUGUGGGCAGCUGCCCUGCUCUGCUUGCUUUCCCCUGGCACCGUGCGAGGUGACUGCUGGCUGAUUGAGGGGGACAAAGGUUAUGUGUGGCUGGCCAUCUGCAGCCAGAACCAGCCCCCAUACGAGACCAUCCCCCAGCACAUCAACAGCACGGUGCACGACUUGCGUCUGAAUGAGAAUAAGCUCAAAGUGGUGCUGUACUCCUCCCUCAACCGCUUCGGCAACCUGACUGAUUUGAACCUGACCAAGAAUGAGAUCUCCUAUAUCGAGGAUGGGGCUUUCAUGGGCCAGUCAAACCUCCAGGUCUUACAGCUGGGCUACAACAAACUCACCAACCUGACAGAGGGCAUGUUGCGGGGCAUGGCCCGUCUCCAGUUCCUCUUUGUGCAGCACAACCUAAUUGAGCUCGUCACCCCUACUGCCUUCUCUGAGUGUCCCAGCUUGAUUAGCAUUGACCUGUCAUCUAACCGUCUCAGCCGCCUGGAGGGGAACACUUUCACCAGCUUGAGCAAUCUGAUGGUGUGCGAGCUGGCUGGCAACCCCUUCAACUGCGACUGUAGCCUCUACAGCUUUCUUAACUGGCUGGCACUCUUCAACAAUGUCACCAAGAACUAUGACCGGCUCCAGUGUGAGACUCCACGGGAGUUCGCUGGGUACCCGCUCCUGGUACCUCGGCCUCACCAUAACCGCAAUGCCAUCACCAUCUUUCAGUCCAUGUGCAGAGGUGGCACCAUCCCUUCCCUCUCCAGGGUCAAUCCCACCCCUUAUACCCCUGACUCCCAGCGAGACCUGGAUGAGGGCUCAGCCAUCAGCCCUGGGGACUUCCUCUCAGUCAAGCCUCCAGCCUCCUCCACCACUGACUCCUCCUUCAGUCCCAGCAUCAAGCUCCAUGAUGUCACCAUCACCUCAGCCAUCCUGAUGGUAACCAUCCCCAUGCCCUACAGCAAGAUGUAUGUGCUGGUCCAAUACAACAACAGCUACGUUUCUGACAUAGCAACACUGAAGAGCAAGAAGGAAUAUGUCACUGUCAACAAGUUGAAGGCCCACACUGAUUAUACUUUCUGUGUGGCCUCCAUCCGCAACAACAGGCGCUACAACCACACUUGCCUGACCUUUGCAACCCGGAGCAAAGGCAGGGAGGACCCUAUUUCCAGUACUUCCACCACCACACACUAUAUCAUGACCACCCUGGGUUGCCUCUUUGGGAUGGUCAUUGUCCUGGGGGUGGUGUACUACUGCCUACGGAAGCGGAGGAUGCAGGAGGAGAAACAGAAGUCCCUCAAUGUCAAAAAGACCAUUCUGGAAAUGCGUUAUGGAUCAGAUAUUGAUACCAGUACCAUGGUCCAUCCUUCCCAGAAGCUGGGUGAGCCACCAGUCAUCCCUGUCUCACGGAUGUCCUCCAUCCCUUCCAUGAUUGGGGAGAAGUUGCCCCCAUCAAAGUCGAUGGAGGCUGGGAUGGAGACUCCUAAAGUCACCACUAAAGGUAACUACAUAGAGGUGCGGACUGGUGGUGGGGAUGGGCUGGAGCGAACCCAGCGGGAUGAGGACCUGAGGGAGCUUGACAAUGGGCAAGGCUCAGCUGCUGAGAUCUCUACUAUAGCCAAGGAGGUAGACAAGGUCAACCAGAUCAUCAACAACUGCAUUGAUGCCCUCAAGUUGGACACAGCCUCCUUCCUGGGUGGUGGGACUGGUGUUGACUCAGACAUGGCCUUUGAGUGCCAGUCCAUCCCAGCCAGUUCCUCAGGUGGGCUAGAGCGGCCCAGCUUUCUUUCCCCACCCUACAAGGAAAGCUCCCACCACCCUUUGCAGCGCCAGCUCAGUGCUGAUGCUGCCGUGGCCAGAAAGACCUGCAGUGUCUCCUCUAGUGGCUCCAUCAAGAGCGCCAAGGUCUUCAGCUUGGAUGUGCCUGACCACCCACCACUCAGCAAGUCUGACUCCAAAUACAUUGAGAAGGGCAGCCCGCUCAACAGCCCUUUGGAUCGUCUUCCCUUGGUGUCCCCGGGCGCCAUCCACCACUUGGAGGUCAAGCCUUCCUACCAUUGCAGUGAGCACCGUCACUCCUUCCCGGCCCUGUACUAUGAGGAAAGUGCUGACACCUUGAGCCAGCGGGUGUCAUUCCUCAAGCCACUCUCCCGGUCCAAGCGAGACUCCACGUACUCCCAGCUCUCCCCCAGACACUACUUCUCAGGCUACUCCUCCAGCCCUGAGUACUCAUCAGAGAGCACCCACAAGAUCUGGGAGCGAUUCCGGCCUUACAAGAAGCACCACAGGGAGGAGGUUUACAUGGCGGCUGGGCAUGCCCUGCGGAAGAAAGUUCAGUUUGCCAAGGAUGAGGAUCUGCAUGACAUCUUGGAUUACUGGAAAGGAGUCUCUGCUCAGCAGAAGCUGUGA